GUUCAAUGUUUAAGUAAUCGAUUUCUUCUUUUUCUGUUUUUUGCAUUUCACCAAUUUAUAUAUGUGGUCUCAUCGUUUAUCUGUGCAACAACAACAACAACAACAACAACAAAACGACAACAAACGUUACCGCUGCUGCCAUCAUCAUCAUUAUCAUUAUUAUCAAGUAAUGCUAAAAUAAUGAAAGAAGAAAGCGAUACAAGUGCCAGUAAUGAUCUUUUGGAGCGUCUGGCUUCACAUACACAUAUUCUUUCAGCAUCAAAUAAUAAUUGUUCCAAUCUAAAGUUACAACAAUCAACAUCACCGGCUUCAUCAUCAUCAUCAUCAUCAUCGUCAUCACCAUCGGUUUCAUCUGGAACUUCCAUAUCAAAAGUAACUAGCUCAACCAAUGGAAAUGGCAAUGGUGGUGGUAGUGGUGGUGCAACAACACCAUCACAAAUGGCCAUUGUGGCACCAAGAUCAUCAACACAAUUAUUAUCAUCACAUACAUCACAACAACAGCAACAACAACAAGUAUGUUCAUCUAUGGUUACACCUGCAACAUUAUUACAUCAUCAAUCGAAAUCAACAUUUGAUAAAAUUGCUCAGAUUUGUAAUAAUAUUUCUUUAUCCGAAACAUUGGCAUUAUCAUCAAUGAUGGCCAGUCCAGAACAUAAUCGUUUAAUAAGUGAAAUGAUUUCGGCCGGUUCCGAACAUAAUCGCCUUUUUCAAGAGAUAAUGGCUGCUGCAUUAUCAUCAUCACAAACGAUAAAUAAUAAUAAUAAUAAUAAUAACAGUAGUUCAAAUAGAUCAAAUAAAUCAUCAAGUUCCGAUUCAUCAAAUGCUGGUUCGCCAUUAUCAUCGAUUAGUUUAUCGGUAAAUACAACAUCAUCAACAACGACAACAACAACAAAAGUGCCCGGUGUUUCAAAAUCUCGUCAAGCAGAUUCACCUGGUUCUGGAUCGAUAGCAAGUACAACCAGUACAAGAGAAAAAGUAUUCGUUUGUCAGAUUUGUAAUCGAAGUUUUGGUUAUAAACAUGUACUACAGAAUCAUGAACGGACACAUACGGGUGAAAAACCAUUUGAAUGUCGUGAAUGUCAUAAACGAUUCACUAGAGAUCAUCAUCUAAAGACACAUAUGCGUUUGCAUACCGGUGAAAAGCCAUAUCAUUGUACACAUUGUGAUAGGCAAUUUGUACAGGUAGCCAAUUUAAGGCGUCAUCUUAGGGUGCAUACAGGUGAAAGGCCAUAUGCUUGUGAAUUAUGUACAUCAAAAUUUUCUGAUUCUAAUCAGCUCAAAGCACAUAUGUUGAUCCAUAAAGGUGAGAAACCUUUUCAAUGUAAUAAAUGUAUGGGCCGAUUCAGACGUCGUCAUCAUUUAAUGCAUCACAAGUGUCCUAAAGAUGAAGCUAAUGCUGGCAGGCCAAGACGUGGUCGUCGGCCAAGAGCUUAUGAUCAAUUAUCAAAUUCAUUACAUAAUCAUAAUCACCACCAUAAUCAUAAUAAUCAUAAUCAAUCAGCAAGUCCAAAUUCGUUGUCCUCAAUUAGUAGUCGUCCUGGAUCUGCUGAUGAAUUAUUGGUUCAAUUGCCAUUAUUAGCGGUAACAACAGCGGUUUCAUCUACUACGGCUACUAAUAAUAACAGUUAUUUGCGGCACAUAUCCUCUUCUAGUAGCCAUAGUAGUAAAACAUCAUCAUCAACAACAAGCCAUCAUCGUUAUCAUUUGCCAUUGUUACAACAACCACCGCCAUUACAUCAUCCUCAUUCGUUAUCCUCACCGAACAAUAAUAAUCAUCAUAAUAAUUUACCACCGACAGCACAUCAUUUUGGUAAUGUUAUUGUUGGCGGUGUUGGUAGUGGUGAUGGUGAUCGUUCACCAUCACAUCCACCACCACAAUCUAUCUCCUCUAAACAAUCUAGACGUAAACCAAGACAUACGAUACGAAUAUUGCCACAAUCACAUCAAAAUGAUGAAGAAGAUGAUGAAAUUCAACCACUAAAUCUUUCCAUUUCACCAAGCCUAAUGGCUAAACCGACGAUCAUAGGUCUCAAUAAUCGACGAGCUUCAUAUAAUAGACAUCAUUUAACAAACGAACUGAUUGUUGAUGAAGAUAAUGUAUUGGAUUUAUCCAGAUCAAGAUCCGAUGCAGAAGAAUCCGAAGAACCGGAACCAAUUGAAGAAGAUGAAGAUGAUGAUGAUAUUAUUGAUGAAGAUGAGAAUAUCGGUAUUAAUAUUAAUGAUGAUGAUGAUUCAUCUGGCAUAGUAUGGCAUUAUUGGAAUUCUUAA